AUGAGCAGGAAAACAGCCACAUGCCACGCGACGCCUGGCACCUGCAGCACGCGCGCGACCCACCCGUGCUCGACCGCCCGUUGCUGCGCCGAGUGGAGCCUGCGACGCACGUGGCGAGAGCGAAGAAGCACUCUGCCGCGCGCCCACCCAACGCCCCCGGGGCAUGUGAGCGCCGAGAGGGAGUCGUGUUAUAAGAAAGAAAGAAAAGAAAACAACAAAAAAAGAGCAUCGCGGCCUCAAGUACUUCAUAAACCCCUGGCGCGCGUGAGGUAUCGGGUGUUCGACACACCUGUUCUAUCCAAGCAGCAUCCCGGAGGCUGCUCUUGGCGCCCGAGAGAGAUCUGUAGCCGGACCUCUCUCCGUGUCAGGCGAGUGACGCAUCUACGGGUAAUUGAACGCCCGCCCUACAGUCCGCUGCUUGUGCCGGGACGUUGCAACGCCUGGCGAGGGGGCAACACCGUGCAACAUUACCCUCCCGCACCUGCAAAAACAAACUGCAAGAGACCACACCUCCGUCGCCCUCAAGAUGGCGUCGACGAGCCCUCUCCGGCCCCUCGACCAGCCUUUCCCCUCGGCCGCUCAAGAACAUUCAUCGAAAAGGGGAGCCAGCGACGCCUCAGCAUCCCCGGCCUCAUCUCUCCACCGGAAGGAUUCUUGCGCCCGUCUCCAAGGCAACGCGAGCUUCCCAUUUUCUACCCUCAAAGAAAAUGGCAUUUCAGGGAGAACUCAAAGUUUUCGUGAUGUGACAAAUGUUCGGACGACUGUCUGGCAAUCCAUGGCGAAAGCGUCUCGUAUGACUGCACCGCCGCCGUUUAGCGACCAAUGUUCGGCCGCCCGCACUCGCGCCCACUCUAAGUGUGGGCGUAGCUGGAUGGUGACUCUCGGCCUCUUGGUCAUGCAGUUGCUCGCCUUCAGCUCGAUGUCCGACGCACAGUUUUAUGGAGAACUGAUACCUUGCGACCAGGAAGGCGAAGAUAUACCAGUCCCCCCUCAAGUUGCAAAAGUGAAGCCUUGCAUUACGUGUACGUGUGUGGUAAGUUCAGUCCAUUUGUUUUCAUCUGUUUGUUCUAUUUGAUGUGUG